AUAUGGUGAUGACGAUGGGAGGGGAAGUAGAGCCCAGAGGCCGGUCUAGAAGUGGACAAAGUGGGCGAUCUCGCCGGCCGAGCUGCAGGAAGCAAGGAAUGCGUCCUCCCCGGCUCUCUAUUUUGCUGGUGAUGGGCGUAGUCGUCGUGUUGGCUCUGGAACAGAGGAUGGUGAUGGCGCUGCUGACCCCGCGGGAGCUCCUAAUGAGUAUGCGUAUCAACCAUCUGCGUGAUCAAGCGGACAUAGACGACUUCGACAGAGAGGGUGACCUGGAUUGCGCCGCAGAUAAGCGGAUGGAUGGAUGCUAUUACCUCGGCGGGCGGGGCGUGCGUGGGAGAUAACAAAGCGGCCUUAGAUGCAGCUAACGAGUGCAAAUGGUUUGGAGAUUACGACUACGCCGCGGAGCUUGUGUCUUGGGACAAUCCUUUUGAUGGGUGGGUGAGUAACCCAACCACGCGUGCUGUACUUUUGGACCACACGUACAAGGACAUCGGUGUAGCCAGGCGUAGCGCGAAUGGGGCGACGUACUGGGUUGUCAUUCUCGGUACCAGCUAGAAUCUCGGNAUGGGGCGACGUACUGGGUUGUCAUUCUCGGUACCAGCUAGAAUCUCGGGACGUGAACCACCGAGAGGAGGGACAGGAAAAGGAUUGGCAUGCGCUUGGCACGGCCCACACUCGAGGAUGGACAGUUCGAGAUUGACGAAUGGGUGGCCACGAUCUACGGAGGACAUUUCUGGGAAAUGUAUAUCAGUUUUCCCAAAUUUCUCUUCUUUUUGGAGGACCAGUUGUCCGUGUCUCAUAAGAGGCUUUUCCAAGAUUGACGUACUCCUCGCCCUUUUGUUGUAAUCUGGCCUGAGGACAGACAGCGAUAACUUCCUGUUGUGUCCUUGAUUGUUCGACAGAAUCGACACUGCUUGUGUGUUCGUGUUUUGUGUGUGUGUGUGUGUGUGUGUGUGUGUGCGCGCGCGCGCGCUCGAGCUAAACACUAGCCUAAGGACGGGUGUUGAGAGUACUUGUAGAAAGGUUUUCGCUAUAGAAGUGCGAUCCAUUGCUAUUGUAGUUUGCUAUUGUACUUGGGUAACUCGUCCACUCUAUACGAUGAUGCGAUUGAUUGCCAUCGUACUUGGUUGAAUCCGCCACCCGGUACUUGGUUGAAUCCGCCACCCUUCUCGGGCCCUUAACUAGCCAAGGACAGUUUCCUGAUCCGUUUCUCUCCGUACGUACGUGUGUGUGUGUGUGUGUAUGUGGGGGCGCGCGCGUGGACGCUAGAGGCUACGACAGGUGGUGGAAGCACUCUGCCAACGGGACAGGGACAUGUGAAGAUGUGUUAUGUGAUAUCCACUGUCCAGUGCAUAUAGUGACAAGAACACUGUAUAAAGCCGUUGAAAAUAGGGUGAUAGAGGGGCUCAAUGGUUCAUUGUGCUAGAAGGAAGGUUGGCUACAACACCUCUGCAGUUCGUUGUGGGAAGAAGACCGGUAAGUUUUGUUGAGGUAAAUGCAUGAGGGAACGGCAAGGGGGGAAUGGUGCUGAAGAGUUCAAUGGCCUCAGUGGCCUGUGGUUGGAGAAGACGUUAGGUGGAUUCAUCAGGUCCUAUUUCCUAUUUUUUGCGAUCGGGAUUGGUUGUAGCACUGUACUGGUUUUGGCCUUCGACGACGUCUCUCGAUGUUUGAGCACUGUACUCGUUUUGGCUAUUGAGAAGCGCUCUCGCGAUGUUUGCUACCUUCAUUGUGGAGAUGGACGGUGUGGAUCUUGAUAUGGUGGUCGAUAACCGUCUUCCCGAUGAUGAAGGAAGAACAGGAUUGGGACUGGGAAGAGCAGCAGCCUAAAGGAGCCGGUCGGUCAUUGUCGAUCUUCCGCCAGCUGGUUGACCGUUUGGGGGGAUUGUAUUACAUUGCACAUAAACAGUGUUUACAUUUUUUGCCCUUUGGCUUUGAAUGACAAAAAGGGGUGGAGUACUACAGUACUACUAUUACACUACCUGGAAAUGGAAUUCUGGUAUUGCUUUCUCAGCCGUUGUGUGGGCGGGUUUGGAUUUUUUGGAAAAUAAAUUUCAACCUUCCCG